AUGAAGUACGUCGUUGUCUCCGGUGGUGUUAUCUCUGGUAUUGGUAAAGGUGUCCUAGCAUCCUCUACUGGUAUGCUAUUUAAGACUUUAGGUUAUAAAGUCACCUCCAUCAAAAUCGAUCCUUAUAUGAACAUUGAUGCAGGUACUAUGUCUCCAUUAGAGCAUGGUGAAUGUUUUGUUUUAGACGAUGGUGGUGAAACUGAUUUGGAUUUAGGUAACUAUGAACGUUAUUUAAAUGUUACUCUAACCAAAGAUCAUAACAUUACUACUGGUAAAAUCUACUCACAUGUCAUUGCCAAAGAAAGAAAAGGUGAUUACUUGGGUAAAACCGUUCAAAUUGUCCCUCAUUUGACUAAUGCUAUUCAAGAAUGGAUUGAGCGUGUUUCUCGUAUUCCAGUUGAUGAUACUGGGUUAGAACCAGACAUUUGUAUUAUUGAAUUAGGUGGUACUGUUGGUGAUAUUGAAAGUGCACCAUUUGUCGAAGCUUUAAGACAAUUUCAAUUUAGAGUUGGUAAAGAAAAUUUCUCUUUGAUCCAUGUUUCUUUAGUUCCAUUAAUUCAUGGUGAACAAAAAACAAAGCCAACCCAAGCCGCUGUUAAAGAUUUGAGAUCAUUAGGGCUAACUCCUGACAUGAUUGCUUGUAGAUGUGCUACUCAAUUAGAAGAAAGUACUAUUAACAAGAUUGCUAUGUUCUGUCAUGUCGGUAAUGACCAGGUUGUUAAUGUUCAUGAUGUUAAUUCUACCUAUCAUAUCCCAUUACUAUUAUUAGAACAAAAAAUGAUGGACUAUUUAAGCACCAGAUUACGUUUGAGUGAUAUUAAAUUAACUAAUGAAGAUAAGCAUAGAGGUUCUAUCUUGCUAUCUAAAUGGAAGAACAUGACUGGUAACUUUGAUGAAUCAAUGGAAACCGUUAAGAUUGCUUUAGUUGGUAAAUAUACUCAUUUACAAGACUCUUAUUUAUCUGUGAUUAAAGCACUUGAACAUUCUUCUAUGCAAUGUAAGAGAAUUUUACAAAUUUUAUGGGUUGAAGCUUCUGAUUUAGAACCAGAAACCCAAGAAAGCCAUAAAACAAAAUUCCAUGAAGCUUGGAACAAGGUUUCUACUGCAGAUGGUAUUUUAGUUCCUGGUGGGUUUGGUUUAAGAGGUACUGAAGGUAUGAUCUUAGCCUGUAAAUGGGCACGUGAAAAUAAAGUUCCUUUCUUAGGUGUCUGUUUAGGUUUACAAGUUGCAACAAUUGAGUUUGCCCGUAAUGUCAUUGGCAUUAAGGAUGGUAUUUCAGGUGAAUUUUUCCCAGAUGUCGAAGAAUCUAAACAGGUUGUCGUAUACAUGCCAGAAAUUGAUAAGCACAAUAUGGGUGGUACAAUGAGAUUAGGUUUAAGACCAACCUACUUUCAAGACGGUACUGAAGCAAGCACUAUCAAAAAAUUAUAUGGUAGCAAAGAUUCCGUGUCUGAAAGACAUCGUCACCGUUAUGAAAUUAAUCCAAAUUUAAUUAAAGAUUUGGAAGAAAAUGGCUUAGUUUUUGUGGGUAGAGAUGAAACUGGUAACCGUUGUGAAAUCUUUGAAUUAAAAAACCAUCCAUACUUUGUUGGUACUCAAUAUCAUCCUGAAUAUACUUCAAAGGUUUUAGUACCAUCUAGACCAUUCUUAGGUUUAGUUGCUGCCUCUGCCGGUAUUUUACAAGAAGUUUUAGAAGGUGAAUUUGAAUUUCAAGGUAAGGAUGAACAAGAAGCUCAAUUUUAA